UGACAGGUUAGGGUUUCCUGCCUCGCCCAAAUCACACUCACACACGAACCGGAGCCGCAUAGCGAGAGAGAGAGAGAGAGAGAGAGAGAGAGAUAAACAACCGGAGCAGCGGAGAUGAAGACCAUCCUCUCUUCCGAGACCAUGGACAUCCCCGACGGUGUCAAGAUCAAGGUCCACGCCAAGAUGAUCGAGGUCGAAGGUCCUCGCGGGAAGCUCAUCCGCAACUUUAAGCACUUGAACUUGGACUUUCAGCUCGUCACCGACGAGGAGACCGGAAAGCGGAAGUUGAAGGUCGAGGCCUGGUUCGGCACCCGCAAAACCAGCGCCGCCAUCCGCACCGCCCUCUCCCACGUCGGAAAUCUCAUCACCGGAGUCACCAAGGGGUACCGCUACAAGAUGCGUUUCGUGUAUGCUCAUUUUCCCAUCAAUGCCUCCAUCACUAAUGAGGCCAAGGCGAUCGAGAUCCGUAACUUUUUGGGUGAAAAGAAGGUGAGAAAGGUGGAUAUGCUUGAUGGUGUUUCCAUCACCCGAUCUGAGAAGGUCAAGGAUGAGCUGAUCUUGGAUGGAAAUGAUAUCGAGCUUGUUUCUCGGUCUUGUGCCCUGAUCAACCAGAAAUGCCAUGUCAAGAACAAGGAUAUCAGGAAGUUUCUUGAUGGUAUCUAUGUGAGCGAGAGGGGAACCAUCCUUACAGAUGAAUGAAGUGUGUUUGUUUUGCGUACUUUCUGAAUGUAGUUUAAUUUCUUCAUCGAAUUGGCUAGUUAUUCCUUUUGUUCGAGAGUUCAUGUAGACGACUUUUAUAAGUUUGGUUGAAUUUGGAUUCGAUAAUUUUGUGUUCAAAAGUAAUAUUUCAUUAGGUUUUGGUUUUCUGUUGGACCUAAAUAUAUUGGGUGAUAACUUUUGUUCCUACUACUUAAUUGUCAUUAGCUAUUUUGGA